AAGACCUGUAAGGUUGUGGAUACAGGUAAGUUGGUCACUUGAUUAGAGUUCAUACACGUCAGCACUUAGAGUUUGAUGAACGUUCUAGGUCAUUACUGAAGUCAGUGUUCAAAUACUUUCCAGAGGAGAGCUACAGUUCUGCUACAGUUCUACAACUGCCUCGGUCGCAGAAUUUAAUGAUGGACCCUUGUACCAUGCAAUGUGACCGUACCAGUGCCCAAGACGUGAUGCGAUGUGACCUGUGUAAGAUCGCUGCAGCACAGAUGCACUGUGAUACAUGUCUUUUCAACCUGUGCACAGCAUGCGUUGAGAAACACAUAUCUGAUGAAUCUAAGGAUCACAUAGUCGUCAAAUUUCAGGAGAGGAAAUCCAUUCCCGUCUACCCUACAUGUACAACUCAUAGCAAAGAACGAUGUGAAAUGUACUGUAAAAAAUGUGACAUUCCUGUCUGCAUCAGUUGCCUUGAAUUAAAUCAACACUUAGGUCAUGAAUUAUCUAAAAUCUUGCGAGUUCUGGAUGAAAAAAAGGACAUUUUGAUUAAAGAAAGUAAUGAACUAAAUGAUACAAUUUAUCCAACCUACCAGGAUAUUGCCUCUGAUGUACAAAACAGAAUGUGUGAGUUAGAAAAUGAAUAUGGGGAUCUUUCAACAGCCAUUACAAAACAUGGAGAGGACUGGCACAGAAAAAUUGGCAAGUUUGUCAAGAAACUUAAAGCUGAAGUUGAUGAGAUGAAAAAUACACAGUUACAAACUCUACAGAAACAUCUGGAUGAAAUAAACACUGAGAUGUCUGACAUCAAGGAGGAAAUUGAUUCAGUUGAAAGGGCAAUAGACACCAAUGACAUUUCACAACUAUUCAGUAAAAAAACAUCAAUCGAACAUAGAUACAAAAAUCUUCCCAAAAAGAUCGUGCUGUCUACACCUAAAUUUAUGCCAGGAAAAAUCGAAACAGUAGAACUCAGUAAAUUGUUUAGAACUUUAUCACAGAGUUCAUUAACCACAGAUAAACAUGGCUACAGCAUGAAGACAACACAGAAAUCACUAGAAGCUGGAUCUUCUACUCCAGUCAAACAGCUGCUUGAUGAACCAGAGACUGUAACCUUCAUAGACACUGAGUAUGAUAGACUUUUCAAUGUGGCGUGCCUGAGUGAUGACGAAAUCUGGACAAGUGGACGUGAAAACGCCAUGAAACUCUACAGCAUCAGUCAGGGAUCACUACUCAAAUCAAUCACAACCAUGUCAGGGAACUGGCCAUUUGACAUAGCAGUGACAAAAAGUGGAGAUCUAGUUUAUACUGAUCAUGAUAGAACUGUGAAUAUUGUGAAGAAUGAGAAGAUAGAGGGGGUAAUCAGAUUACAGAAAUGGAUACCUAGCAGUGUCAGUUGUACUUCAUCUGGUGACUUCCUGGUUAUCAUGGACAGUGAUGAUGGCAAGCAAACAAAAGUUGUCCGUUACAAUGGCUCAAAAAGAAAGAAGCAAACCAUUCAGUUUGAUGAUAAAGGUAAACCUCUCUACUCAUCUGGUUUCUGUUACAGAAAGAUAAUUGAGAACAGGAAUCUGGAUAUCUGUAUUUCUGACAAUGGAGCUCAUGCAGUAGUGGUAAUCAAUCAGGCAGGGAAACUGAUAUUCAAGUACACUGGACAUACACCUGCUCCAACAACAAAACCUUUCAGUCCUCAAGGAAUCACCACAGACAGUCAGAGUCACAUUCUUACAGCUGAUGUUAACAAUCACUGUGUCCACAUCAUAGACCAGAAUGGACAGUUCCUCCGUUACAUAGACUGUGGUCUGACCUAUCCCCAGGGACUGUGUACAGAUACAAAUGACAAUCUAUUUGUUGCUCAUCAAAGAAAACUGAGAAAACUGAAAUAUCUGCGUUGAAUAGCAUCACUGAAUGUUGUAAUCAAACACUAUGGAAACUUGCAUUAAGAACUCAUUUUUUUUAAAAAGGAACUAUAUAAACAAUAUACCAAAAGCCUGAUAUGUUUUAAUGACAUCAAGUAUGAAAAAAAUUCAUUUUUUUUAAAUUGAAGAUAGCAGUGUAGGUCAAAUGAGUGAAACAGGAGUGAAAUAAAAAGUCUUAGUUUAAAACAAUAUGUCAGUUACAGUUUAAAACAUUGUUUGUAUACAUGGUCGAAUUGACUAGACACUGUUGAAUGUUUUUAUCCGGAGUUGUCUCUGCUACUACGCUACUAACACCUCUGUCAACUAACGUUGUACAACAUUCUUGUACACGUUUUAAAUAGUUAAAAUUUGAAAUUUAAAUCUUAAAUAACUAUUGGAAUAUUGGUCAUGUUGAUAAAA